ACUGCUGGCUGCAGGAGUUUGCCACCGAGGGACCCUGAGACUCCACCUGAGGAGGAUCGUGAACAGGGACCCGCCGGGCGGGUUAUGCUGGGGACUUGAGUUGCGGCUGACAACUGGACACUCAGGACCGCACCAUGGGGGAUCUGCAGGACUAUGAGGAGGUGCUGGAGGAGAUAAUGGUGGAAGAGGCGUAUGAAGACCCAGAAAUCAUCGAACCCCAGAUAGAGGAGCCAGCAGUGCACCUCACCGAGCCAACAGCCACAGACUACCACACCACAUCGCCCCCAGGAACCCACGAGGUCUAUGUGGAGCUGCAGGAGCUGGUGAUGGAUGAGAAGAACCAAGAACUGCAGUGGAUGGAGGCAGCACGCUGGGUGCGGCUGGAGGAGAAUGUGGGGAAGGAUGGAGCCUGGGGCCACCCACACCUGCCGUACCUCACCUUCUGGAGCCUUCUGGAACUGCAGAGAACCUUUGCCAGGGGCACUGUCCUCCUGGAUCUGCAGGAGUCCUCACUGGCCGGUGUGGCCAACCAGCUGCUGGACAGGCUGAUCUACGAGGAGCAGAUCCGGCCGCAGCACCGAGAGGAACUGCUUCGGGCCCUGCUGCUCAAGCACAGUCAUGCUGGAGAUGUGGAGGCUCUGGGGAGUAUGAAGCCCGCGGUUCUGACACACUCUGGGGAACCCUCGCAGCCCCUGCUCCCCCAAACCCCCUCACUGGAGAUCCAGCUCUUCUGUGAGCAGGGUGAGGAGGGCACAGAAGGGCGCUCCUCAUCCGGAAUUCUGGAAAAGAUCCCUCCGGAUUCAGAGGCCACCCUGGUGCUCGUGGGCCAAGCCGCCUUCCUAGAGCAGCCGGUGCUGGGCUUUGUGCGGCUGCAGGAGGCGGUGGAGCUGGACGCCAUCAAGCUGCCCGUGCCUGUACGCUUCCUCCUCGUGCUGCUGGGCCCAGAGAGUCCCCACACAGACUACACCCAGCUAGGCCGAGCUGCUGCCACCCUCCUGUCAGAGAAGGUGUUCCGCACAGAUGCUUACCUGGCCCAGAGCCGGGGGGAGUUGGUUCACUCCCUGGAAGGGUUUCUGGACUGCAGCCUGGUGCUGCCGCCCACGGAUGCCCCCUCUGAGAAGGCCCUGCUCAGCCUGGUACCAGUGCAGAAGGAGCUGCUGCGAAGACGUUACCUGCCCAGCCCCACUAAGCCAGACCCCAAGUUCUAUAAGGGCUUAGACCUAACUGGGGGUGAAGGAGGGCCUGGUGGCCAAGACGACCCUCUAAAGCGGACAGGCUACCUCUUCGGGGGACUGGUUCGGGAUGUGCGACGCCGCUACCCCAAGUACCUGAGCGAUAUCACUGAUGCACUCAGCCCCCAGGUCCUGGCUGCCGUCAUUUUCAUCUACUUUGCCGCCCUGUCACCCGCCAUCACUUUCGGUGGCCUCCUGGGAGAAAAGACCCAGAACCAGAUGGGCGUGUCGGAGCUGCUCAUCGCCACGGCCGUGCAGGGCAUCCUCUUCGCCCUGCUCGGGGCUCAGCCCCUGCUCAUCGUUGGCUUCUCGGGACCCCUGCUCGUGUUCGAGGAAGCCUUCUACUCGUUCUGUGAAAGCAACGGCCUGGAGUACAUCGUGGGCCGCGUGUGGAUCGGCUUCUGGCUCGUCCUGCUGGUGGUACUGGUGGUGGCCUUCGAGGGCAGCUUCCUGGUCCGAUUCAUCUCUCGCUACACCCAGGAGAUCUUCUCCUUCCUCAUCUCCCUCAUCUUCAUCUAUGAGACCUUCUCCAAGCUGCUCAAGAUAUUCCAGGACCACCCACUGCAGCGGAACUAUGACUACAAUGUGGUCGUGGACCCCAAGCCCCAGGGCCCCCUGCCUAACACAGCCCUCCUCUCCCUUGUACUUAUGGUUGGCACCUUCUUCUUUGCCAUGAUGCUACGCAAGUUCAAGAACAGCUCCUACUUUCCUGGAAAGUUGCGCAGGGUCAUCGGAGACUUUGGAGUUCCCAUCUCCAUCUUGAUCAUGGUCAUGGUGGAUUCUUUCAUCCAAGAUACCUACACCCAGAAACUCAAAGUGCCCAAAGGUCUCACAGUAUCUAAUACCACGGCCCGGGGCUGGUUCAUCCACCCAAUGGGCUUGCGUUCUCACUUCCCCAUCUGGAUGAUGUUCGCCUCGGCCCUGCCUGCCCUGCUGGUCUUCAUCCUCAUCUUCCUGGAGUCCCAGAUUACCACGUUGAUUGUCAGCAAGCCGGAGCGUAAGAUGGCCAAGGGCUCUGGCUUCCACCUGGACCUGAUGCUGGUUGUGGGCAUGGGCGGGGUGGCCGCCCUCUUUGGGAUGCCCUGGCUCAGCGCCACCACCGUGCGUUCUGUCACCCACGCCAAUGCUCUCACUGUCAUGGGCAAGGCCAGCGGCCCUGGGGCCGCAGCCCAGAUCCAGGAGGUCAAGGAGCAGCGCAUCAGUGGGCUCUUGGUCUCUGUGCUUGUGGGCCUGUCUAUCCUCAUGGAGCCCAUCUUGUCCCGGAUCCCCCUGGCUGUGCUGUUCGGCAUCUUCCUCUACAUGGGAGUCACGUCCCUCAGUGGCAUCCAGCUCUUUGACCGCAUCUUGUUCCUGUUCAAGCCGCCCAAAUACCAUCCGGAUAUGCCCUACGUCAAGCGGGUGAAGACCUGGCGCAUGCACCUGUUCACGGCCAUCCAGAUCAUCUGCCUGGUUGUGCUGUGGGUGGUGAAGUCCACCCCCGCCUCGCUGACCCUGCCCUUCGUCCUCAUCCUCACGGUGCCCCUGCGGCGCUUUCUGCUGCCCCUCAUUUUCCGGCCAAUAGAGCUCCAGUGUCUGGAUGCUGACGAUGCCAAAGCGACCUUCGAUGAGGAGGAAGGCCUGGAUGAGUAUGACGAAGUGCCCAUGCCCGUGUGAGGGUUGGGCCCAGGCCGGGCGCUCCCUUCUACCGCCCCUCUGCCGCGAGCGACCCUGGGCAAAUCGGAAGUUCUGGGCACCUCAUGGUCUCCUGGGCCUCCUCCUGGGCAGCAGCUG